CCCGCCGGACCAUCUUACCGCAGCAAUAUUCUUCAUAAGUAAAUCCCAACGAUUCCCUGCCGCUCGCUUCUCGCUUUCUCGGUGGGUCUCUCUGGAUCAGAGGAAAGGUAAAGGGAAGGGAAGGGAAAGCACUAAGGAGUGAGCGAUCGCUGGCGGCAAUGGAGACGGCGGCGAUGGUUUGGACGGCGGCGGUGGCGGCGGUGGGGCUGAUCUACUGGUUCGUCUGGGUGAUGGGGGCGGCGGAGGUGAAGGGGAAGCGGGCGGUGGAUCUGAAGAUGGGAUCCAUCACGCGGGACAAGGUCGAGGACAAGUACCGGCAGUACUGGUCCUUCUUCCGGCGACCCAAGGAGACCGCCGAGGCGUCGUCGGAGAACGUCCCCGUCUUCGUCGACACCUUCUAUAAUCUCGUGACGGAUAUCUACGAGUGGGGCUGGGGCCAGAGCUUCCACUUCUCGCCCUCCAUCCCCGGCCGCUCCCACCGCGACGCCACCCGCCUCCACGAGGAGCGCGUGGUCGACCUCGUCGGCGCCCGUCCUGGCCACCGCGUCCUCGACGUCGGGUGCGGCGUCGGUGGGCCCAUGCGCGCCAUCGCCGCCCGCUCCGGCGCCCACGUCGUCGGCAUCACCAUCAACGAGUACCAGGUCGGCCGCGCCCGCGCCCACAACAAGAAGUCGGGCCUGGACGCCCUCUGCGAGGUCGUCUGCGGCAACUUCCUCGAGAUGCCCUUCCCGGACUCGUCCUUCGACGGCGCCUACUCCAUCGAGGCUACCUGCCACGCCCCGCGCCUUGAGGACGUCUACGCCGAGAUCUUCCGCGUCCUCAAGCCGGGGGCCCUCUACGUCUCCUACGAGUGGGUCACCACGGCGCUGUACCGCGCCGACGACCCCGACCACGUCGAGACCAUCCACGGGAUCGAGAGGGGGGACGCGCUCCCGGGGCUGCGUGCCCACGACGAGAUCGCGUCGAUUGCGCGGAAGGUGGGCUUCGAGGUGCUUGACGAAAGGGAUCUGGCGAGGCCUCCGGCGGGGCCGUGGUGGACGCGGCUCAAGAUGGGGAGGAUCGCCUACUGGCGGAACCACAUCCUGGUCUCGGUGCUUACCCUCCUCCGGAUCGCGCCCAAAGGCGUCGUCGAGGUCCAUGAGAUGCUCUACGAGACGGCGCGCCACCUCACGCGCGGCGGCGAGACCGGCAUCUUCACCCCUAUGGACAUGAUCCUCUGCCGGAAGCCUCCAUUCGCCGCCGGCCACCAAGAAUCUUCUUCUUCUUAGUCCUACUCCACCUCACCCAGGGAGGUAGACCUUGUACCUUAGUUUCAUCCUUUCUUCUUGUGUUAUUCCUUUUUCUUUUUUUUUUUUAAAAAACUUUCUGGGUUAUCUAUCUUAUGCUAUUAGAAGAAGAAGAAUGUAGUAAUGGAGAAGGAAAUCAAGAAUUGGACUUCAAUUAAGUAUGUUAAAUUUAUUUUUGGCUGAGGUUAGAAUGUCUGUUAGACUGUUAAUCUCUCCUUUAGCUGGAGCCAGGCUUUUUCUUUCUUUUCUCUGCCCCCAAAAAAAAUUAAUUAGGGUUUCGGGUGAACUGGCCGCCACUUCAAGUGUCGUACUUUUUUUUAGUUUGGUUUGAAUGAGAGAAACGUCCUAUUCUUUUCUGAGUUA